AGCCGUUACUAGGGCCCGUUGUUCAACGGGCCAAAAUUAACUAGUAAUAAUAAUAAUAAUAAUGAUAGGUGAACCAGCCCCUGAUGAAGCUUGUGGCGGUGAAACAGCUCCUUAUCCCGGGGUGGCUGUCAUGGUUUUCUCCUGGUGUGUCUUGUCCUCUAUAAUCUAUUAUUAUCAGUCAUUACAGAGCAGGUUGCUUGUGUUCUUCAAAUGAAGGCUUCAUGAUUUGAACUACAUGCCUUUAUUACAUCUCGAUGGGGCCUGCGAAAUGCCUGCAGUUGGCAAAACCACUGUGGUGCUGCCCUGUGGGGUCCCGCAGGUGUCGGCCUCCUUGCUCACGUGUGGCUCCCAUUUUUUAGCAGUGGACAUGCUGUACUGCUAAAUAAGGUGCUGAUGGGUGGCUAGUAGGCGGGGGCGGCCCUUCCAUGAGGCCAGGUGAGGCCAGUGGCCUCCAGCAGCGGAUGAUGAGAGCACCAGCAGAGCCACAAGAUGCUCUUCUGCCCCCUACUUUGGGGAAAGGGGGGAUGAUGUGAGGCAGGGGCACAGAAGGGGGAGUGGCAUUUGGCCCCCUGCCUCAGGGGCACAGAGACCUUGAGCCGCCACCAUUAACCGGGGCCAGGGAGCAACAAUGGCAGCGGAAGGAUGCUACCUGUGCUGCCUUCAACGCACGCCUGUCCUCAUUGCACACCUACUCAGCCUGGCAGCUGCGCACAUGGAGUGCUGAUCAAAGGGUCUCCAGCCGUUGGUCGAAGGGCCUCCAGUUGCCAGGAAUGCAUCUGGAACCUCCUGCAUGCAGAUGCUCUUCCCCUGAGCUGUGGCCCCAUCCCCUAAGGGGAACACCUUACAGUGUCCCCAUGUAGUCUCCCGUCCAAAUGCAAACCAAGGCAGACCCUGCUCAGCAAAGGGGACUGUGCAUGCUUGCUGCCACAAAACCAGCUUUACUCCCACAGUUGAGCAGCAGGUAUUUUUGGCAUUCUGACUUCUUCAGUUCCUGAACUUGCCACCAGAAUGCACCAUUGGAUUUUCCCUGCAAUGGACUGACACCAGGAUAUCGGAAUAUGUCCUUGGCAUGGACUACUGAUCGGACUGUGUGGAGCAUACGUAUUCCCACUUUUCCCUCUGUGUGAACAAUGUCGGGAUGGCCUAUGUGUAUCAGAUGCCUUUUCUAAGUAAGCUCAACAUUGAUAAGUAUAUACGUGACAUUCUGAAUUGCAAUAUCCUUUCAACAGUGAAGAUGACGUGGAUCAUCCUUCCUCAGAUGGUUGCCAGGAAGAAGGGAAUAAUCAUCAAUAUAUCAUCUUUAAGUGCCAUGCGCCCAUUUCCAUUAAUAGCUGUUUAUUCUUCAACCAAGGCAUCUGUUGAUUUCUUCUCACAAGCUCUGGAUGCUGAAUACAGCUCACAUGGCAUCAUUGUACAGAGCGUCCUCCCUUCUUUUGUUAAGUCAGGCUUGACCACCAUAUUCUGUGAUUCCUUUUUGACGAGAGCAGAGGCAUAUGCCCGCAGUGCCUUGAACACCGUGGGUCUCACUCGCAAAACCACUGGAUGCCUCAGUCACAGUAUCCAGGGAUGCGCUUUGAAAUGGUUCCUUCCAGAAUGGCUGCAUUUCUCCCCUGCUGGAAUGGCCUUGCAGUUGUUUCUAACCAAUCUAUUCAUGAAGAAGCAGAAGUAACCCGCCUGGGUUCUUGAAGAUUCGGCAGACUGUUGGAGAUGGACUUCCAGUGCAUCGGCUUUUUGCACCAACAAUCCUAAUGACCACUAGGGGCAUUGGGAGUAGAGGCAGUGAGUCAGGGUCUCCCUAACUGUUCUACCUGUCUCUAUUCUAUGACCCCUGAUCUGGCUCUUCCGCACUUCCUGUGCUGAGUCACAAUCCUUCCUUAACUCCUAGAGAGGAGAUGGAAACAUCUCUCUCCCUCCUUACCUAUUCCUUAUGUAGUCCUUCAGAUUAGGUUUAGUUCUUUCCUAUCCAAGUGUACUUCACCAAUAAAUGCUUAGUAUUUAGUUCUACAA